GGCAGUUUGACAGUGGUACUUGGGACGGCUGUCAGGCAGGCUCCAUUCUCCCUAAAAGCCUCAUUGAACAGCGUGCUUCUCUCAGCAUGGCAUCUGACGAGCUCGCGAAGAAGCUGCAGUCGCGGCUGGCGGCUACUCAGGACACUGAGCCGAGGCCGGAACCCGAACACAGCCCGGUCCGACCCAAGCCGCAGGAGGCCGAUGGAGCCUGCGGAGACUCGUCCUCCGAGCUGUCCGCGAUACUGACCCGCAGGCAAGACAUCAACGAGGGCAACGCUGCUCCAAGACUGACCCGCGUCUUCAACCCCUACACGGAAUUCAAGGAGUUCUCCCGCAAGCAGAUCAAGGACAUGGAGAUGAUGUUCAAACGGUAUGACACUGGUAGAGACGGCUUCAUCGACCUGAUGGAGCUGAAGCUAAUGAUGGAGAAGCUGGGAGCUCCACAGACCCACCUGGGCCUCAAGAACAUGAUCAAAGAGGUGGAUGAAGACUUUGAUGGCAAGCUGAGCUUCAGAGAGUUCCUGCUGAUCUUCCGGAGAGCAGCAGCUGGAGAGCUGCAGGAGGAAAGCGGUCUGAUGGCUCUGGCCAGGCUCUCUGAGAUCAACGUCUCCACAGAGGGAGUGAUGGGGGCCAAAGACUUCUUUGAAGCCAAGAUGCAGGCUCUGUCUCUGGGCAGCAAGUUUGAGGCGGAGAUCCGGGAGGAAAAAGAAGAACGCAAGAGACAGGAAGUGGAGAAAAAAGAGAGACAAGCCGCCUUCAAGCAGCUGCAAUCCACCUUCUGUUCAUGACCCGCCCCAGGAGGCACAUAACAAUCCUGACAUGCACAGUCAGUGUUAACUGACAUUUUUAGGAAUAGCUUUUCAUUCCACUUACACUCUAAUCAGUGGCAUUGCUCAACAUUUGGGACUAAGUAACAAAAAUAGCAAGUUUCAUUAAAGUUAGCACUCACUUAAAUACUUGAAAAUACCUCAUAACACAAGUCACAGGCAAGAUUUAUUCAUUCCAGACUUUCUGCAGCUGUCCCACAGAAAGCAAGAAGGCAAAAACACACUUUCAGAUGUAUGAGGACAUAUUCAGUGAUAUCUCCAAAUUCAUGGAAAUAUCAUUCAUAAACUGUGCAUUACUGUGGAACUGUUCAGUCCGUCUGUACGAGAACUGGAAGUUUCACUUUUAGGGAAUUUUACUUGUUUGUGAAGCGUUUCUCAUUUAAUGUUACAGCUCAUAGUUGUUGUUAAAAUAUUGUAUGUUCCUCACAAGUUAACACUGUCAACCUGCGGUGAAAUAAAAUAAUAUAGUAGUAGAAUAACUGCUUCACAGUAUUAUAAUAACAGUAAGUUUUGACAUCACUUAGUACGGACACAUUUGUUGGUGGAAACUGUAGCUCAACAUUGGUCGUUUACGCUUGGCUCAGUGGACUGAUCCAACACUAAACAGGGUGUACUCUUUAAAAUAAUUUACAGUCUUCAGAUUUGAGCCACACUAAGUACACUCCCUUGUUUCAAUAUUGUGCCCCAAAUCUUAAGAUGACCACUAAAAUUCUCCUGUUAUCAAAAUCAGGGUGUUAUAUUUUGUAUAACUUUGUGGUCUUUUUGUUUGCUUUCUUUCUCAGAGUGAGAUGAAAAAACACUCAUGUUUGUGUGUUAACUAACUGACUGGAGGGAGGGAUUUGUUAGUUUAGCUUAGCAUAAAGUGGAAGCUAUUCUGGCCUGAAACCGCUGUAGACUCUAAAGCACAUGUUGUUUCUUGUUUGUUCAAUCCACACAAAGGCAGACACUUUGUGAUUUUCGUUGCACUUUAGUGCUGUAACUCUCUUUAUAAACAACAGUGUCACGUCUGUCUUUUUUAAUAGCACAAACUCCCCCACGUUUUUUUACGUUUACUUUGGACAGAGCCAGGCUAACAGUUUUGCCCUGUUUCUAGUCUUUAAGCUAAGCUAAGCUACGCUAACCAUGCCCCGUCUCCACCCCACUUUAUCUCACGCUCAGAAACAAAGCAUAUCUACCUUUUUUCAGAAAUGUUAAACAUUUUAGUUCUAGUUUUUUCCACCUGUUUCUCCUGGGGUUAUCCCUAAACCAGGCAUAAGAAAAGGCGACUGAAGUUAAACCCUAUUGGUAAAAGCACAUUGAAGAUGCAGGGACGGCUUGUAUUUAAGCAUGUUUUCCUGGUGUACCAGUACCUAACCCUUUCUCAACCUUGGCUCGUCACUCUGUUUUUAGGAUCUAAAUUCUAAUGACCCAAGCAAUUGCACAAUUAAUAAGUUGUCAUGUGAAUUUGAGUAUGGUGUAGUUCAGUAUUCUGUUCCAAGAGCAUGCAAUGCAUGCAAUGCAAGUGUCUUAUGUAAGCUAGAUUAUCGCAUAUAUUUUAAAUACAUUUCGAUAUUUUCAAUGUAAAUUAGAUCAAUAUCAGAAAUCUCCUGCAACACGGAAUAUACAAAGAGAGUAACUGAUGCGUGGUUUAAGCCUUUACGUUUAAAUUUGUGAAGAAAUAACAGAAAAGCUAACUGGAUUCACUAGCUAAGUCUGCUUUAGUCUUUGUGGACUGCAACACUAAAGGAAUGUUCAGUGUUGAUAAAGCAUUUAUUUUAAACAGACACUCUGAAGGGUUACACACUGUGACAUAAGAAUUUAUAUUGUAGUUUAAUGUGUAGCUUCUCAAAGCAGAUGUAGAGUGGGUUUAAAAGAAGUAUUUUGGUUAUUAAGCAUUGCACUUUCAAAGAACGUAUAAAAGACCGCUAUUAAAAAGACUUGCCAACACUCGUCCUACAGUCCCCAGAAUGCAAUGCAUGUUAUAAUGUUUAAGGCCCUCCCCCCCUCUGUAGCGCAGAUCUUUUAGAUUCCACUAACUGAGUUUGUACCACAGGCUUCUUAUGACAGACAAAAUUCAGCAUGUGAAGGUGUUGAUGGUAAAUGUAGUUUCCAGUCUCGAUUAAAUAUCUGCAAAAUAUCUUUCACCCGAAAUAUUUAAAAAAAUGUAUCCUUGUCCGUAAAAACCUCUGCACUUUGAUUAUGGGAUAUUAUUUUGGUGUUAGAAAUGUAACUAUUAUAUAAGCCAAAACAACACGAAGCUCGACUUAGAAUCCAAAAUAAAGUUACCUUUAGUUCUUCUUUUCCCCCCAACUACGUUAUUGACAUGACACUUUUGGGUACAGAAAGCACAAUAUAUUCUGCACCAGGAGAAUUUAUCGGUCAGUAUAGAUUGCAGAGUGGAAUUUAUUUAUUGCUUGGAAACAAUUCUCAUUUAGGAAGUUGUUGUCUAUAAGCCUGAUGACAACAGGGCUUGAUAAAGCUCCCUUAGACCUUCAAAAUAUCUUUAGCUGUUUUCACAGGCUGCACCUACUGCUGUGUGGAGUGCCUCUUUAAGCUGACCACUUAUUGAUAUGCAUACUUUGUGCUUGAACUGCCCAUUCUCCACUCCAGUACUUCAUCUGUGACUCUAAACGUUCCCUACUUGAGAUUAUGUAUGCAGUAUCCCCAUUCAGGGUUCUUAACCAUGUCUGUCCCAGUCUCAAUGCCUUUCUCCUGUUGUGCAGAAUCACAUAUUUUUGUAAGCUAUCCCGGAAGUUUGCAUUACAAGGGCUCCGUCCACAACAAGCAAUUGGAUUUUUCCAUCGCUAUGAGGCGAAGGGAGCAAAAAUGCUGACACAUGUCUGGGAUUAUGGACUCAUUCCUCAACUCUCAGUCACAUCAUGCCUCACCAUAAGACAUGUAGCAAUUUCAAAAAGCAAAUGUUCAUAUUAGAACAAAGCCCUGGUGCUGCUUACAGAGUCAUUAAACUAAGUUAAAAGUUCUAGUCCAGCUGCCCCCUCACUGCAUCUCCACGUCAUGAAAAAAACCCUCUUGUUAUGCAUAUCUUUCUUCAUCAUGUGGUCCCAAUACAUCUCUAAUAUAUGUUCUAACUGUGAGAUUAGACGUAACAGACACCAAGAGCUCAGAGUGUGUAACAAGUGUUUUUAAUAGCUUUGCUAUGCAGCUAUGUCAUUAGCACUAGCUCAAUAUUUUGGAGAAUACACUUUUGUUCAGAGUGAAAUAAAAAAAUGAUUUUAUCCUCAUGUUUAUGUGUCCAGAUCUGGAGUUUAGAUAUAGCUAGCUUAGUUUAGCAUUAGGACUGGGAGCAUGGUAAAACAGCUAGCUUGGCUAGUCCAAACUGAAAAAUACAUCUACCAACACCUAUAAAGUUCACAGACACAUUUUUGAACUUGCAGUCAUUUAAAAAACCCUUAUAUUGUUUAAGGGGGAGUUUUUACAUUUCUGUUUGAAUACAGUUUGAGCAACAAAAUAUUAGUGUGUGUCAGCUAGCUUUUGGGGUGUUGGUUUGUGUAUUCUUGAGCUUGCUUGAACCGGCAUCUUGUUUUUACACUCAAAAGUUGCCUUCACAUGAUACGUGCUUGCUCUUUGCUCAAUGCAAGGUAGUGUGUAGAGCCUUGCUUUAAAAACAGCUAGUUAGUUUUGUUUCUAGGUUUACCUUCCCUGCUAGCUAGCGCAGUAUCAUGUCACCUGAUUGGUUGCAUUUCAAAAGGUCAGGGUCAUUUGUGCUCAAAGUUAUAGUUUGACUUUGAGUGCGGUGUUUGGUGGCCAUUUGAGUGUUGCGCGACGCCAAGGUAUCUCUUGCCUAGUCGACCGGCACCGGAAACAAUAGCACAACCAGCGCAGAGCUGUCCUACCGCUGAUCAUACACAGGCAGCUUACACUAGGCUAAUUAUGUCCUGACUCCAACUCUGUAACCUAAUCUACACACGUUUUUGUGUACAUGAUCCUUCUUCAUCCUUGGAUGUAUGUUUUUUUAGUGUUUAAUGUUAGACGCGCUAGAAAUACUGAAUACAAAACCUGCUUUAUCCUACACCUCAACGCUGCCUAUGUCAGAGUUUCUCAGCUGUGGCACAGGAGUCCAUUUGAGGUUAAAAAACAAUAUAAGUAAGAGCUCCGUCCCUACACCUCGAACACCAUUGUUUCAUACAUUUGGUGUCAUUUCAGUUUUGAAACCCAAAGGUGGAGUCACUGAAAGCUGAACUGUGACCUAAGCAGUGUCUAUUGUCAAGUGCAGGUCAUGUAUCUGUUCCUUUAUUUUCUCUGGAGUAAUGUAUUUGAGUUGAAGCAUGUUCAAGGUGUCAUAUAACAAAACUACUGUACGUAUCUCAUACCUUCUUCGGUAUUUGUUGUGGAAAUUGACAAUGUAUUUUUUCAUAAAUAAAACACUAUAUAUAUUGUUAUUUGUUUUAGCAGAGACUUAUAAGUUGCCAAAUAUAAUAAAAGUCAGUGAGAUAUAUUUUUGGGCACUUGUAAAGAUAUUGUGUUGUAAUACUCUGUCAGAAUGGAAGUUUGACUUGAUUGCAAUAAAGCAUAAAUAAAACUGAUGU